UUCACAGCGGUGUUCCCCCGUUUUCCAUCCAGGUUCCCGCUAUCUUCCCCGCCCUACCCUUUAGGAGGGAAUGAAUAGCUUCGGGAAAUACCUGUGCUGACACCCCUCACACCCCUAUCCAUGAACUGAUGGAGGUCAGUAAUAUCAACACGCAGGGUGAUAACUGCGAAGCGCACAGGCCCGCUCAUCCCGGGAUUUUCACAAUGCGCGAGGCCGGGAAAAGCGACCACUGCUCGGCGGAACGCUGCGUGGAUUUUCCUGUAUCGGUGGUUCUUCCUGCCGGAGGCACCGGAGAGAGAAUGGGACUACAGACACCAAAACAGUUCUGCUCGUUUCUGGGCAGACCGCUCAUAAGCUACACUAUUCAGGCUUUCGAGAGUGUGUCAUGGAUCCAAAGCAUUGUGGUUGCUGUUGCCAAAGAAAACAUGGACCUGAUGAUGGACAUCACCCAGCGGUUUAAGCACAGAAAGGUUCUUGUGGUGCCAGGCGGCUCGACGCGUCACAGGUCGAUAUGCAACGGAGUCCUGGCUCUGGGCGAGGAGAGGUCGGCAGCGGGCAAACCAAAGGUUGUCAUCAUACACGAUGCCGUUCGGCCUUUUGUGGAGGAGGACUUUCUGUGUAAGAUAGCAAUGGCUGCCAAGGAACAAGGGGCAGCGGGAGCCAUCCGACCUCUGGUUUCCACAGUGAUCGCCACCACAUCCGAGGGCUACCUAGAUCAUUCUCUGGAGCGAGCCAAGUACAGAGCCAGCGAGAUGCCUCAGGGAUUUACAUAUGAUGUCAUCUCUCAGGCCUAUCAGAGGUGCAGUGAGUCAGACUUUGAGUUUGGCACAGAGUGUCUCCAUCUGGCUCUGCAGUACUGUGGCACCAAUGCCAAGCUCAUUGAGGGUCCGCCAACACUGUGGAAGGUGACCUACAAACGGGAUUUGGCUGCUGCAGAGUCCAUUAUCAAAGAGACUUUAUCACGGUCAGCCUGCGUUAUCACAGGUGGAUUGGCAGAAGCUGUGAACCUGGCAGAUGCCCUUCAGAAGGCUGUUGGAGCUCUGGAUAUGGAGUUGGACAUCAUCCCAGAUCUAAUGGGAGACAACUCCAGGUGUCUGUUAAAGGAGUGGAACUUCAUCCAGGUUUCUGUCAGCCAUUCGUGCUUCUCUGAAGUUGAGGCUAUGCUUACGGCUUUAGAGGCAGAAAAUCGAGCUCUUCUCCACCCAGUGGUCGUCAUUUGGGUGCAUUUGAGCAGUAUGGAUGAGCUCUCCAUCAGCAGGAGGGUGCACACGGCAAUCAUGGACCUGGCCUCAACAGCUAAGCACCGAAAUAUUCUCAUCUAUGGCAUCCAACUUAAUCAGGCAAAGGACACCGAGCACUGGGAGAGGUCAGCGUCGAGGGUCGCUGAGAUCGCGUUAGCCUUGAUCCGGGACAGGAGCCCUGCUUUGGUGGGACAGCUUCUGCAGGCAUGAAGGGACGAGCACCACUGGAAAAUCCCCAUGCUGUGACUCAAACACUCCUGGAGACAGUUUGAAACAGUUCUGGUCUUUUUUUCUUUUCUAAAUCUUUUUACCCUCAAAUCAGUUACUGCAAGGUUAAAGCGGCGAGUGAGCCGACCUUCAAGAAGCAGACUUAAAAAGAGAAAAUAAAAUCUGAGCUGCAUCUUUUAUUGGUUACGCCUGGUACGAUAAACACCCACAUUUUUCUGUAUGUGUGCAUACGUAAAUCAAAAGAAACUACUGAGGUUCAUUAAGGCAAAGAAGAACCGUGUCAUCAGUGGGCUCAUUUAUUUAUUUUUAAGAGUUAAGAGUUUCUCCCAAAUAAGCAGCGCUACUCUGUCGCGCUGAUGAUUAAGAUAUGUGAGGCUUCGGCUGCAGGCGAUUCUUGUUGUCGGAUCAAAUCAGCGCUGGUUUUUAAUCGCUUUAAGAGUGAUUUUGCUGUGGUUGUCAGAGACGUGCAAUAACAGGCCACAUCACUUUGAAUUAUUACAGUGGAAAUGUGAACUGCAGCAUAUAUGCCAAAAAACUGGGUGUCGAGUUUGCUGCCUUUACCGCUGGUUAAAGCUGUUCGUGACUGAAACAUGAACACGGAGCUGCUAAUAUUUUUGUACUUAAGUAAAACAAUAAAUAUGUCUUGCUAACACAUGCAGUAAGUCAUUCAAGUGUGCUUUGGCGGUGGGA